GUUCCCUGAUGGCAAAGAAUGGGUCCACCACGUUUAUUUCCAGGUUCCCUGUCCCUAAAACGGUCAUGAGGAUUUGAUGAAUGAGUAGCUAAGGGCCAGCCCCACACCUGCACACUUGCUGUUUUCAGACCUUUGACACUGACAUUCCAAGCUCUCACCUGCAGCCCAGUGCCUGGAGGGCCUUACUCACUUCUCCCAGCCUCUCCAGAUGUGACUAGUUACAAGGUCCAGGCAGCUGAGCCUGGCCCUGCUUAAUAUUUUCUUCUCCACCCCCUCCCUUCCCCUCCUUCAAAAGACUCCUUUGUGAGGGUGAACCGAGAGGAGCCAGUUCUAGAACCUCCAGGGACCCUAGUUUACCCUCGUAUAAAAAUCCCUGACCCACAGGCUAGGACACCACACAGCCAUUGACUAGGAAGAUACACGCCUACGUUCACGAACACCGAAGCUGCCCGUGACAUUCGAAUCACCGAGUUUUAGCUAAUGGAGAACACGGUUUACGUAGAACUAUACACACGUACUUCCCCGUGAACGUACACAAUACAUGUACCUGCAAGAAUGUUCAUCAAACGUCACCCUCUGAAUCACUGGAUCUCCUCCUUGAUUCUCAGUACUUUUUAAUUUUACGUUUUCCCAUACUGAUGAAGCACCCUUUGUAUAAAAAGGAACAAGAAGAGACCCGAGAAACGAGAUCUGCAACCCGGCCAGCCAAGAAAAGAAAGGACCCACGCUGUGAGCAAACUGAUGAUCAGGUAGUCAGGCCGCAGGUGCAGUGAGCGACAGCAGGUGGUUGGCGGCCAGGUUUUGCACUUCUACCGACAGGACCCCCGGACUUCGCGAACAUUCCACUGCUCACGGGGCAGCCAGCCUGCCCGGGAGCGCGUCACCACAGAAACGGAAUCCACAUGAGGCUGCCAGGGCAGGAUGUAAUUACCUGAGGACGGGGCAAACAUUCUCACCCCAACGAGAAGGGCACUCCUGGGGUCUUCAAAGGGCGGCAGGGCCAGGGCCUCCCGGCGGGCACACUUCAGACCUGGCUGCGAAGGCCUCGGAUAACGCACGGCUCCCCAGAGCGGGGGUGCUGCUUAUAAAAGCGUCCCCGGGGGCCUGGGCCCCAGGAGGGAGACGGGAGGGAAGCCGGAGGGCAGCGCGCAGAUCGGGCCAUGCUGGCCGCCUCCAUCCUCCGUCGGAGCCUGCUGCUCUGCUGGCUCGCUGCCCCCCGGGCCGCCGGGCCGGAGCCGCUGUUCCACAGCCGGGACCGCUCGGACCUGGAGCCGCCCCCGCUGCGCCGGGCCCAGCCCAUCGCGGACGCCCUCGCCGCGCAGCGCUUCCUGUCCAAGUACGGCUGGGCCGACGCGCCCCCGGGGCCCGGCUCCCGGACCCCCGGCCCCGCCGCGCCGCCCGCGGGCCCCCCGGCCGCCGCCCUGGCCGAGGCCGUGCGCAGGUUCCAGAAGGUCAACGCGCUGCCUGCGAGCGGGCGGCUGGACGCGGCCACGCUGGCGGCCAUGAACAGGCCGCGCUGCGGCGUCCCCGACACGCGGCCGCCGGUGUCCCCGCCGCCCCGGGUGCGGCCCAAGCGCUUCGCGCGGCCGCUACCGCCACGGAGCCCGCGGUCCGAGGACGCCGCGCCCCGCGGGGACACCCGGGCCUUCGCCAAGAGGACGCUGACGUGGCGGCUGCUGGGGGAGGGCGCCAGCGGCCAGCUGUCCGUGGACGAGCAGCGGCACAUCCUCAGACUGGCCUUCAGGAUGUGGAGCGAGGUGACGCCGCUGGACUUCCGGGAGGACCUCGCCGCCCCCGGGGCCGCGGUGGACAUAAAACUGGGGUUCGGACGAGGCCGGCACCUGGGCUGUCCCCGGGUUUUUGAUGGCAGCGGGCAGGAGUUUGCACACGCCUGGCGCCUGGGCGACAUCCACUUUGACGAUGAUGAGCACUUCACACCUCCCAGCAGUGAUGCGGGCAUCAGCCUUCUCAAAGUGGCCGUCCAUGAAAUUGGCCACGUACUCGGCCUGCCUCACACGUACCGGACAGGAUCCAUAAUGCGGCCGAAUUAUACUCCCCAGGAGCCUGCGUUUGAGCUGGACUGGUCGGACAGAAAAGCCAUUCAGAAGCUGUACGGUUCAUGUGAAGGAUCGUUUGAUACCGCAUUUGACUGGAUUCGCAAAGAGAGAAACCAAUACGGAGCAGUGAUGAUGAGGUUUAGCACGUAUUUCUUCCGUAACGGCUGGUACUGGCUUUACGAAAAUCGCAACAGCCGGACACGCUACGGGGACCCCAUCCAGAUCCGCAGUGGCUGGCGCGGAAUCCCAACACAAAACAUAGACGCUUUUGUCCACCUCUGGACGUGGAGAAGAGACGAACGCUAUUUCUUUAAAGGAAAUCAGUACUGGAGAUACGACAGCGACAAGGAUCAGGCCUACACAGAAGAUGAACAAGGGAGAAGCUACCCCAGAUUGAUUUCGGAAGGAUUUCCUGGCAUUCCAAGUCCUCUGGACACUGCCUUUUAUGACAGAAGAAAACAGUUAAUUUACUUCUUCAAAGAGUCCCUCGUGUUUGCAUUUGAUGUCAACAGAAAUCAAGUACUUGAUUCUUAUCCAAUGAAGAUUACUGAGGUAUUCCCAGGAAUAGAGCCACAAAACCAUCCUUUCAGAAAUAUAGAUUCAGCCUAUUACUCCUACGCACACAACUCCGUUUUCUUGCUCAAAGGCAAUGCGUACUGGAAAGUGGUUAAUGCCAAGGACAAACAGCACCAGCCUUGGCUUCCUUCAAAUGGCUUAUUUCCAAAGCAGCCCAUCUCAGGGAGGUGGUUUGACAUUUGUGACGUCCAUGCCUCCACCCUGAACAUGUAAGGAGAAAAACAGGCAAGUGGAGAAAGGGAUUUCUCUUCUGAGAGAAAGUCAGGUCUUUUACAAAGAAAAUAAACCAGAUCUUUAGUAACCGAAACAAAUAGGGCUAAAACCCAGUGGAAAAAGCUAUUACCUGAACUUUUCAAAUACGUGGUUUAGAAGUCCGUUUUACAGGCAAAAAAAAAAAAAAAAAAAAAAAUUACCAAAUGAUUUUAGGACAUUUUUAGGAAAGGUUAAAAAAAAAAUCCCUGUCCUUCUGCCACCCAUCACCCCUGUACCGAUUUCAUGGCUGGAUGGAAACGUAGCCGUGGCCAAAGGAUCCAAUCACGGAAGGAGAUACGGCUCCCUGAACACAGAAGUGGUGUUACUGCCCUGAAAACAUAGGGAUUCAUCGGAAAAGCUCCACUACUGCGCUCCACACUUGCUGGCGUGGCAACUUACGUUUCCCUCACGGACAGCAUAUGGAAGGUUUCCCCACGCAUUUCUCUCCAUCUUCACAACUCCGUCGGAGUGCCAAGGCCCACACUACUUUGCACAUUUCUAGUCCUAGAAACUGAAGUUCACCGUUGUGUCCUUCCCAGCAGGGUCAACGCAGUGGCUGCUGGUGACCCCUGCCUCUGACUCCAGCCCCAGGGCCCUGGCACCUUCUCUCCAUCCCUGCCCUGAAAUUAACUGAAAAACAAGUCGUCUCAAUGACCAGGCCACAAAUAGCACUAUUCUGCCCACCUACCAGUCAAGGCUCAAGCACUUUAAGAAGCACUCAUUUAAAAUCAGCAAAUUACGACAUUUAGACAGACUUUUUUUCUCCCCCUCUAGGGAACGUUCAUAUUAUUGUUUCGACAAGUGAAGACGGCUAGAAUUGCCAUCUUCUUGCUUAGAAACGAAUAUCCCUCGACCAAAAGGCUGUUCAGCCAAGGAGAGGCCGGAAGACAAGACCAGGAAUGCGACAUCCUGAUGCCAGCUUACUUCAAAACUGGAUCUUCUCGGGGGAAGUGUGCGGGCUGGACCAGUGAGGACAGCACUUGCCGCAGGGGAAGCGGAGGGACGGCUGUCCCGAUGGACGAUAUCUGCUUUUGUACAUCUGUUUCACGACUUAGUUAAAACUUUAAAUGCCUCCGUGGUUUUUGAGAACGGAUGCACAUCUGUCCCAAGGAAACGCAAACCAGAUAACAAAGAAGUAGACAAAGGACAGGGCCAGCGACAGUCCCGUCAAGCUGGGACAGGUGUCAACUCACCGCCAAGGAAAACACCUGAAAAUCUCGGCGCGCUUUCGAGAAAGCACUUUGUAAAGGGCCAGCUUUAUUCCAGACAACUUCCCGGUACGGUUCAGAUUCCUCCAGAGGGCACGGCCACUGAGCGGAGGGACUACUGGCCAAGGCGCAGGGGCUGCGGGAGGCGCUGAAGGUCAGGGGUGAGCCCGCACUCGGGGCCAGGCCGACGGACGUGGCGGCACAGCGGGCUCCGGUCUACAUGUCCCAGCCGUCAACCCAACGGGAGACGGCAUGCCCGAUUUCUGUUCCGUUUCCUUGAAACGGAGGCUGUGGUGCCAGGGCAGGUAGGCAGCGCGAGGUGGGCACGGAGAAAACAGAGCUCGCGCGGGUGCCCAGACGAGAGCCGUGCAUGACAGUUGC